AUGUCGAACGAUUGUUCGAUGUAUAGGCUGGAGGAUCUCCUGUCGAGCUUCUACAAGAUCGAAAGUAUUGAAAAGAUCAACUAUCACCAAUAUGUACCGAAGAAGCAGGAUGAUCAAUGGUCCAUUCAAAUGGAACUUUAUUUGAGGAAGCAGAGCUCGAGAAACUUGGUUGCUUUACUUUCAAGGGAAUUGUGGUGUUUUAGUAUCAACGAUGAUCCCGUCCCAACACCUCCAAAGUUAAGUGCCACAGGUGAUGAUGUCACUACACUUGAUAAGAGUGGUCAAUUUACAGCUCAUUAUUCCAAACCUAAUUUGCCACCUCAUUAUGCACUGUUCUUGAAAGCACUUCGAAGGAUGUUAUACAUUAAUUUGACCGCUAAAGCAUGUAACAAGCUGGUUCCAUUUGGGAAUGCAUGUAUAUCCUUAGAGGGUAUGAAACAAAGCCAAAUUCUACAAUUAGAACCCCAUUUAUUUGAAAAUGGUGAUUUGGCGAUUACAAUUUCUACUAAGAAUCUUCAACUACUCCCGCUAACGGUGGAGAACAUCAAUGAAUCUUUCCUGCGACGUCACGCACUAUAUUUGGCCCCUUCAGGCAUAAGAAUGUACCUUUCUUCAAGCGACAAGCAAUGUCUCGUUAACCCACCCAAGAACGCUGAGAUUCUGUUGAAAACUCUCUUUAUCUCUCAUGGAAUAGAGCUACCGGACAAGAACGAAGUGCAAUGGGUAAAAGUGAUCCCAAACCUGAAUCAUCUCAAUGGCUAUACACCAAACAUUGCUGCUUACAUGGAUCCACCUUUAGACACCAGGACGAUAACUUGGCCUCUCAGCCUUUGUUUCGCUCAGACUGCAUUAGACGCCAAAGAUCAAUCGGAUGGUGAUCUUUCAUGUCAUGACUUACACGAGGCGUUUGAUGUUAUCGAUGAUUUCAAUCAGUUGAAGCAAACAUCUGCAUACCGCACACCAAGCAGUUCAGGUGGGGCUUUAGGAAACUCAUUGGGAACCAACCCGUUGAGCUCUGGUGGCGGUUACACGGAGCAAUUUCAGCAUUUUUACAAGAAUCCAGCGUGGAGUUCUCAAAGUGCCAACGAUAAUGUAGCGCCAAAGAUAAGCCCUCGCGUAUCGUCACCCUCUUACUCUACAUUUGAUAAGGCCCUUCCCGGUUCCAGCGAAACAUUUGCAGGAGUUGCUGGUUUAACAACCCCAUCGAUCAAUGAAAAUGAGUUUAGUGAUAGAAGAGGGCUGACCAAUGGUUUUGAGUUAACUCCAGUGAAAUCUGAUGUGACUCUUAAUCUCAAACGUUGUCUCAACGAUCGAGAGCCAAUCCCGAAGACAGUUUCCCCAAGUCAACCAAGCGAUGGAAUGAUUGAAGAUGGCGCUUGUAGCGACUCGGUUGUCGAUAAAGAGCUUUUUGGCGAGGAAGAAGAAGAGGAAGAUGAUAAUUUAUUUGGUGAAAGUAGUCAGUCUUCAGCCAACCCCGGUGAGUCUAAAAGCUUCACUCCAGGAAAGGCCGGCACAGAUGAAAUUACUGAAGACAUGUUCGGUAUGUCGGAUGACGAAGAUGGUAGUAGGAGUACCACCUCUAAAAGUGGUGCUUUCUUCCUCGAGAAUGAGGCCGAACUUAGGAUUCAGCCAUCAAAACGAUCAUCUAUGAAGAGAAAGUAUCUGGAUAUACCGAUGGAGGAGAUGACAUUAUCUAAUAGCCCACUUUACAUGGAUCCUGGUGCUCCACUUCCUGUUGAAACCCCAAAGGACAGAAGGAAAAGUGUUUUUGCACCAUUGAAUUUCAAUCCAAUUAUCGAGAAUAACGUUGACAAUAAAUAUAAAAAUGGAGGAAAGUUUUCAUUCAGCCCGUCGCAGCACGAAGAGUCCCUCAAAUUUGAUGUUUCGACAGCGGACAUAUCAAGUUCCGAAGAUGAGAGCGAGUCGUCAGUUGAUUUCGAUGAUCUUAACAUCAAACCUGAAGCGAUAUCGUCUGAAAAUAAUUUAAGGGACGCCCAGUAUAAUCUUUACUCCAGUAUUCAAGCCCCGUUGGAUUCCGUCCCACCGAACGUUAAUAAAGUCGACCUCUUGCCAUCAAAUAUACCUGGUACUGGUGAACUAAUUAAAGAAACUUCAAAUGGCAUAUGGAAAAUAAAUAACCAGGAAAUGGGCCAGAGCGACCCUCUAAUAACUUCUGGAGGUGGGUCAAUCCCAUCAGCUCAGGCUAAGAAUGAUCGGUAUUCCUUUCUGAGCAGAGGAUAUCUGACGGGCGGCACUAAUUCGUCCAACCUUCCGGAAAGUGACAGCGGUGUUCCCGAAACAACUCCAGCAAAUGUUUCGUUAUUACCAGAGUCUUCUAGUAGUUUACCUUUUUUGCUUAGACACAUGCCUCUUUCCUCGAUGCCCAGUGUUUUCUCCUGCUCCAACCCAACGGUCACCAUUACCAAAAAUGAUCAAUAUAUUCUAGCAAUUCUCGCCGAGCAGGUUGUAUUUGAUUACAACAUUUUCAAUGGCUUUGGAAAACCUCAAAUACUCAAUUCUGGUCUGAAAGAUUGCCAGAAAGGCCUUAUUGCGGAGACAAUUCGUGAGCUUUUUAGUUCCUUCUCAAGAGUUCAUGGCAACGAAUUAAUUUCCAGUCUCUCGACAAUCAAGGAGCCUUCAAUAUAUGUGAAGAAACAUCAUAGCAUGAUGAACAUGAGUGCCGACUCUCAAGUGUUCAGCAAGUUUUUGAAUGUCAAGCCUGCCAAGGGUAUUAAAAAUUUCAGGUUCUUGAUGUUGACUACUUCGUACGCAGAGGAUUGUUUAAGCUUUGUGUCUACUCUAUGCCAGACUUACAUUGGAUACGAAUUCGGGUUCUGUGAGCUUUUAAAGCUAACAAGCGAUGACAGUCAAGGUCUAAUGCAAUUACCGGACUUUGAUAAGAGCAGGCUUCUAUUACUUGCCGCCCAGAUAGUGACCUACUGUUCUACAAACAAGAACGCAGGUAAAGACGUCCCGGUAAUGAUACUUUUACCGAUUGAAUGUUACAAGUUAGAAGAACUUACGUCAAAGGUGGCGAAGUUUGAAAUUAUCCAUAAUGAGGUAACCUCAAAAAUACCCAAUGCCCAAAUAUACCUGAAAGUGGUACUGAUGGACUUCAUCAGAAGCCCUCUUACUUCUGUGGAUGACUACAACAACCUGUGCGUUAGCGUGUACAAUAUUUUACCUCCAAAGACGGUAAAGUUUACAUCAAUUGCGCACAAGCUCCCAGAGAAGGUGACGUUCAGGACUUUACAACAAAGUGCUGGGACAGCAGCCAUCGGCUAUGACACCUACAUUCAUCUGGCCUAUGCGCGCAGUGUGGACAAAGAAUGGGUUUUUGCUGCAUUCUCAGAUAGCAGCGGCAACGAGAGUUUGAUAAAACAGUGGUAUGUCGGAACCUCAAAGACCAGAUUCGAUGAAGCAUGCAACGAGAUAUGGGGCUUGGCCCUGCAUCUCUCCGCCAAGAAAUUUGGGAAGAUAUGCUUGAUCCUGACAAGGUUGAAUGGUGUGCUACCAGAUGACGAGCUGAUGAACUGGAGACGUUUAUCAGGCAAAGCAAUCCACCUGGCCGUGGUUUGUGUCGAUGAUGACACAAAAAUAUCAUUCUUUGAUGAGGAUAAAAUGUACCCAACUUUCAAACCUCUCUAUGAGAAUCAAGAACUUACUCGAAAAGUCGAUCCUAGACGGUUGGAUGAUUAUGAAAUCAGAGAUAUCGCACAAGAUGUUCAUGGUGUCAUAUUUGAAAGCUGUUUUCCUCUAACUAAUUCUCAGCAUAGAUGUGCCAUAAAAAGCGGAGCACUUAUGAAAUUCAAAAGAUCCGCCGGUGACUCAAUUGUUGAUAAGUUUGAAGUUAACCUUCUCAAUUGCCCUCAUUCCGACAGUACCAAACUUCUCGAAACAAUACUUCGAGAGUUUAGAAAUCUAGGAGCAUUGAGCUCCUGGUUCGGAGUUUCUAACGGCGAGAACGCACAUAUACCUUGGCAUGUCUUGGCAGUCAAAAAAUGA